AUGAAGCCCCUGAACAACCGGGCCGAGAGCCACCUGACCGGGCAGGUGGAGUUGGACAGCGUGGGGAACGGGGCCUGGGUGAACCAGGGCUACUGUGGCUCCCCUCCACCCCCGCCCAGGGCUGUCAGCACCAUCUACAACCCCCAGCCGCUCUACCAGGGCUCCAUGGACAACUUGUACAAACUGGACACUCCGGGCCCAUUCCCAGAGGAACCACCAUCCACUGACCUCGGUCUGACGGAAAAACGAAGAGGCUGCUGCUCUUUUAUCAAAGGCUUGUGGGGCACAACCUUGACCGAAAACACCUCGAACAACAGGGAGCUGUUUGUUCGAACCACUCUACGGGAGUUACUGGUCUACGUGGUGUUCCUGGUGGACAUAUGCCUCUUGACAUACGGUAUGACCAGCUCGAGCACCUACUAUUACACGAAAGCCAUGACGGACCUGUUUGUGAAUACAGCCGGUGAAGGUGGGGUCAGGUUUCAGUCCAUUAGCACCAUGGCUGACUUCUGGACUUAUACCCAGGGCCCAUUACUGGACGGCCUCUACUGGACAAAAUGGUACAAUAACCAGUCCCUGGACAACGGGAACCAGUCCUUCAUCUACUACGAGAACAUGCUGCUUGGAGUCCCCCGGAUGAGGCAGAUCAAGAUGAAGAACAACUCCUGCAAGGUCCACAGUGACUUCCAAGAUGAGAUCUCGGGAUGCUUCGAUGUGUACAACGAAAAGAAGGAGGACGACUUUAGUUUUGGUCUCAUCAAUGGCACUGCCUGGACCUUCCACACAGAGGAGCAAAUCAAGGGUUCCUCUCACUGGGGCUUGCUGACCACCUACAGUGGAGCAGGAUACUAUCAAGACCUGAGUCAGAGCAAAGAGGAGAGUGCCGUCAUACUGGAGGAACUGCAGGGCAACCUUUGGCUGGACCGAGGAACCAGAGCGGCCUUCAUCGACUUCUCCACUUACAACGCAAACAUCAACAUGUUCUGUGUCAUCAGACUGUUGGUUGAAUUCCCAGCGACCGGUGGGGCGAUCCCGUCCUACCAGAUCAGGACAGUCAAACUGAUUCGCUACAUCACCACCUGGGACUACUUCAUCCUCGGCUGCGAGAUGGUCUUCUGUGUGUUCAUCCUCUACUACAUUGUGGAGGAGAUUCUUGAGCUACGAAUACACAAGUGGUCCUACUUCAAAAGCAUCUGGAACAUACUGGAUAUCGUGGUCAUAAUGCUCGCCAUCGUUGCCAUCAUAUUCAACAUCUUCAGAACCGUCAAGGUUGACAAGUUGCUCGGGAAACUAUUAGAACAACCUGAUAUUUACGCUGAUUUUGAGUUUCUGGCAUUCUGGCAAACACAAUACAACAACAUGAAUGCGGUGAACUUGUUCUUUGCAUGGAUCAAGGUUUUCAAGUACAUCAGCUUUAAUAAGACCAUGACUCAGCUGUCCUCCACACUGGGUCGAUGUGCUAAAGACAUCAUGGGAUUCGCCAUUAUGUUCUUCAUCGUGUUCUUUGCUUAUGCUCAGCUUGGAUAUUUGCUCUUUGGGACAGAGGUUGAGUCCUUCAGCACCUUCGUAAAGUGCAUCUUCACACAGUUCAGAAUUAUUCUUGGAGACUUCGACUACGACGCCAUCGACCGUGCAAACAGAGUUCUCGGGCCGAUCUACUUUGUAACUUACGUGUUCUUUGUUUUCUUUGUUCUGCUGAACAUGUUUCUGGCCAUCAUAAAUGACACGUAUUCCGAGGUGAAGGAGGAGCUCUCAUCCCAAAAAGACGAGCUGCAGAUUACUGACCUCAUUAAACAGAGCUAUUCGAAGACAUUUACGAAGCUGAAACUUAAAAAAGAGAAAAUAUCAGAUGUUCAGAGGGCUCUGCACUCUGGAUCUGGAGAAAUCGAAUUCAAGGACUUCAGAGAAACUCUUAAAGAGAUGGGACACGCCGAUCAUGAGAUCACUGCAGCCUUCACACAGUUUGAUCGUGACGGGAACCAAAUUCUAGACGAAGACGAACAAGAGAGGAUGAAAAUUGAGCUGGAGGAAAAGAGGGAUGCUCUCAGUGCUGAGCUUAACAAUCUUGGGAUGAAUUACGGGAAAGAAUUACUGGAGAAACCUCCUGUCACAUCCAGCGAGAAAAAGAACCACUCCAGUCAAACCUCUGGGGAUCGGGAACAGUUUCUAAGACUGUCCAGACAAGUUCUCAAGCUUGAAAGCUCUGUAGCAGACAUCACAUCCAGGAUCGAGCUGAUUACGGAGAAACUGGGAUUGCAAGAGAAGGCUAAAGGAAACGAAACAGCAGGGAAACUGACCAAAAAUGAUAGAGACGAAACUGCCUCAGAUGGCCCAGUCCUGGUUUGCGUGGACAGAGCAACGAAGGCCGAGCCGUCAUCCAGAAACGCAGCGAAUCGCUCCAACUCCACGUUCAACUGUCGUAUGUGA